AGCAUUGGAAGAGACGGUGUCUCUCUGUGCUGGGGGAUCACUUUCAGUCUUUUAGCCUCUUGUUUUUUCCGUAGCAAGUACCAGCUUACCUCUAUAUCCCCUAAAACAUGGCGCCUAAGAAAAUUGAACCAAAGAAACCUGAGCCCAAAAAACCAGAGCCAAAGAAAGACGUGGCCCCGGCGAAACCAGCUCCACCUCCAGAGCCUGAGCCUCAGCUUCCCAAGGAGCCUGAGUUUGACCCCAAAAGCAUCACCCUUGAGUACACCGCCGACCAGAUUGAGGAGUUCAAGGAGGCCUUCAACUUGUUUGACCGCACACCAACUGGAGAAAUGAAGAUCACCUACGCCCAGUGUGGGGAUGUGAUGCGAGCUCUCGGGCAGAACCCUACCAACGCAGAUGUGCUGAAAGUCCUCGGGAAACCCAAGCCCGAGGACAUGAGCACGAAGAUGGUGGACUUUGAGACCUUCUUGCCGAUGCUGCAACAUAUCUCGCGUGCAAAAGAUCAGGGCACCUUUGAGGAUUUUGUGGAGGGGCUCAGGGUUUUUGACAAGGAAGGCAACGGCACCAUCAUGGGCGCCGAGCUGCGUCAUGUGCUGGCAACGCUUGGGGAGAGGAUGACGGAGGAUGAAGUGGACAGACUCAUGGCAGGACAAGAGGACGCCAACGGGUGCAUCAACUAUUCGUCCUUUGUGAAGCACAUUCUCUCCGGGUGAUUGGGACACUGAGCUGUAAAGACUCUCCACUUAUCGAAAUCUUUGAAAAGACAUUCGUCCAUCUUGAGGUGAAAAUGAUAAUUUAGUCAAAGUUGUUUUUACAUUGUCAAAAGUGGGAAGUGGUGCUUGCUCAAGUUACAGCGACUGCAACUUUAGAUCUUUUUCCUCACCAAAAUGAAAUUCGAAAAGAUGCCAACUCCUUAAUAUCGAGCUCCCUGACGAAAAGUCGAUAAUAAAGAAAACAUGAUUACAAAUUGUCUCACAAAUGUCAUUUCAGCAUGCCAACAUAUGCAGCUC